AUGAAGAACAAGUACGAUAUACCAGAGAGAAUACGAUGGUAUCACACACUCUGGGAAUUGCGUGAUAAGGAGUUCCGCACAAUUUAUCUCGCCGGUAAACGCCGUCAAAUGCGUAUCUUUUGGAAAUAUGAAAGUCAUUUGGUGUAUGAACGCGUUAUUAUGGGAUUCGCAGUGGCAACUGGUCUUUUCCUCCUAUGUAAUACAAAUUUAGCCUUGGCCUUAUUCCGUAUGCCAACAGAGGAUGUGAAUGAAUUACUUAAACAAGAUGUCUGGAGAAAGUACAAGAAUGAAGUGAAUGAGAGAAAAGAUCAAGCUAGUAAGAUGUUGGAAGACUCUAGUUAUAUUCAUGAUAAGAAUAAACCACUAUCGACAUAA